AUGUUUUUUUCUGUCUCCAUUGGUUCUUCUGCGGCAUUGCCUUUGCCACUCAGAUGCACCGUCAAACUCUCUUCUGCCCGGGUUGUUGCUGCUGAUGCCUUCCCUUCCUUUCUCCCCAGAGAAGUGCACACCAUUCAAGACCCUUCUGCCAGAAAAUUCGCCAUGCGGAUUCAGAGGCUACCCGUACCUGUUAGGUUCUCAGAAAAUCCCAUCAUGAGUAGUUGUGUGAAGCCAAUGGUGCAGAGCAAUGAAAGUCCAGUUGUUCUUCUACAUGGUUUUGACAGCUCUUGUUUAGAAUGGAGAUAUGUUUUACCAUUGCUUGAGGAAUCUGGUAUUGAAACCUGGGCCAUUGACAUUCUUGGUUGGGGUUUCUCUAAUUUAGAAAGACUUCCUCCCUGUGAUGUGGUGUCAAAGCGUAAUCACUUCUACCAGUUUUGGAAGUCCUACAUCAGAAGGCCAAUGACAUUAGUUGGACCAAGCCUUGGCUCUGCUGUUGCCAUUGACUUUGCGGUCAAUUAUCCUGAAGCUGUGGAGAAGCUUGUUCUGAUUGGUGCUAGUGUAUAUGCAGAGGGAACUGGAAAGCUGGCAACCUUACCCAGAGCAGUAGCCUAUGCUGGGGUUAAUUUGUUGAAGAGCUUUCCAUUACGCAUAUAUGCCACCUAUUUGACCUUCACAAACAUUUCCUUCAGCACUAGCCUUGAUUGGACUAAUGUGGGACGCUUGCAUUGUUUAUUGCCUUGGUGGGAUGAUGCUACUGUGGAUUUUAUGACAAGUGGUGGUUACAAUGUUGCUCCUUUGAUAGGAAAGGUAAAACAGAAGACACUGAUAAUAUGGGGUGAAAAUGACCGCAUCAUCAGCAAUAAGUUUGCAGUGCAACUCCACUGUGAAUUACCUGAUGCAGCUAUACGCCAAAUACCCCAUUGUGGGCAUCUUCCUCAUCUGGAAAGACCAGAUUCUACCAUGAAACUUAUAGUUGAAUUUGUGCAAAGAGAAGCUAAGCAGUUGAGUCCAUGUGUUGUAUGA